AUGAAGAAUGCUUACCUUCUCCGUCAGAUUGCUUGUGAAAGUGAUGGCAAGUCAGACUACUCCAGCAUCACAGAUGAUGGGUACCUUGUCAGCAAUGAGGAGACUGGCACCAUUCUCUGGCAACAUGUGAAAUUCUACAUUGUCCACAACCCGAGAUUCCACGGUAUGAGCUGUCGAUUUGCGACUUGGAAGAAACUUGUUCUUCGGGACUACUACUCAGGUUGA